CAUAAAUAAUAUAUACAAUAUUAACAUUCACUGACAAUCUUCUUUUAUAUUAUUUUCUUUCAUAUAUACUAGUAUAUGGUAUAUGAAAGAGUAUUCAAUUUUUAUUUUACGAAAAAUGGUGGAUUUAUUCGGCAAAGAUAAGGGAAACAUUUCAUUGUCAACAAAAUUACAAUCGUAUGAAGAUGAAGACCAAAAAAGACUGCCAACGAUUAUUAAUUUACAAAAAACCUUUUAUAGUAUUAAAAUUGCAGAUAUUGAAAAUAGAAUAAACAGGUUAAAAACGAAUUUAAACUUCAUAAAUACAUCUCCUAAUUUUGUUAUGCUUUCCUACAUCUGAAUACUAUGUAGUAUAAUAAAAGAUAAAAAUUAGGACAUUUUUGAAAGUAUUAGGGAUCAGUAUCGAAAUUAAUAUCUAGGUUUGACGAAAGAAACGACGAAUUACUAAAUGCAAUCGAAACUACAAAUGAACAAACAGCUAUAGUAGAUGCAGAAACGACUGAAGAGAUUGCAAAUUUAAGCAAACUACUUUCAACCCAAAAUAAUUUAGUAGAAAGUAUAAAAGGAAAGAUCGAUAUCAUAGAAAAUGACCGAAUAGAAAGUAAGAGAUUACACGAAGAGAAAAUAGAACUGUUUGCUCAAAAGUACAAAAAAACGAAGGUUGAAUUAAUUUCUCAGAUCAAAGUCUUAAGUAACUUAUAAAGAUUUCUUUUCCUUAUUCUUUUUACACUCUGCCGUUCUUUGAUAUUUGUUCGUAAGAAAUUAUGUUUCUGAAAAAAGUUCGACCAAUUUUCUAGAUGUGAGAAUUAAUGUUUUGGAAGAUUUUAAAAAAAUGCAAGAUGUACUGAAAAAAAAGUUCCAAGCAAACGAGGUGCAAAUGGUGGAGAAUGAAGAAAAAAUAAAAGAAACGAUGGAAAUUAUUAAUCGAAAGAUUGAAUUCGAUAAGGAAAUGUAUUAAUAUCUUAUUCGUUAUACGUUUCGUUGAAAAAAUUUAUCUUAUCAUGAACAAAAAAUGAGGAGAAAGUUUUUCGUUAAAAAUGAUUUACAGGACUUUUUCAAUGCAGGGUCAAAAAUGAAAUGUACGAUUGUCUUCAUGAUCUAGCGAUACAGUUUCAGAAAGAAGUUAACAAACAUAUAAAUUUGCCAAAUCAAAGAUUAAUGAGAGAAAAUAUUAUGUUAAAAAAUGAAUUAUUACAAAUUUCUACAAGAGUUUCAUCGAAUAUUGACACUAAUAUCAUUCUUAAAAAUGCAGCAAUCGAUUACAAAAAGAGAAUGGGUGUACGAACUGCCUUCAUAAGAGAAAAUAUAGUAAUCGCGAAAGUACAGAAUGAAGUACUGAAACGAUUAAGGAAGAAGUUUUACAAUACAAAAGGAUAUCUUUCAUCUAUUAAUAUUCUUGAUCCUGAUGCAGAACAGAAAUAUUUAAUAUUGAUAGAAAAUGCCCGUCGAGAAGAGAACGACAUUAAUUUUCGUUUCUCAUCACUGAAAGCUUUACUUCAUAAAGAAAGAACAAAAAUUAGCGUUGCGAGAUAUAUUUUGAAAAAAUUAGAAUGCAAAAUAAGAGCACUUUUGGAAACAAUUUAUGAUUUGAAGUAUAAUGCAAUGUGUUUACUAAAAUAUCCUUCUAGUCGCAAGGAUCUAAUAACAUUAAGUUGUAUUGAGUCAUUCUUAUUCUUGAGAGAUUUACUUAUUAAAAGACAAUUAAAACUUCGAAGCCACAUUAUUAAAUCGUCUGAAACUAUACCACAAGAAUUAGAAUCUGUGUCACAUAUAGAGGACAUCUCUGAAGAUAUUGAUUUUGAAAUAACAGUAGAUUUUAUAGAAGAAUCGAGUAAAGAAACUUUAGAUGAAAUGAAAUAUAUUGAUGGUGUAAAGGAACAAAAAGAAAUAUCUAUUGAAGAUAGAGAAUCUCAAGAAUCAUUCAUUGAAGAUAUUCUCAAAGAUACUACUGAUUUUCAUGUAGAAAAUUAAUACAAAUUAAAUGCAAACUAUGAGCUCACAGAGGAAUCAUAAUCUGACAUCAUAGAAGAAUAAAAUCUACUAUUUAAAAUUGUUUGCAAAGGUAUUUUUUAAUUUAUCAGCAUUAUUAUUUCUUUGGAAAAACAUAAUUUUUUAUUUUUUAUACAAAAUCUACUUGUUAUUAGCAUAAUACUUACAGAUUUUAGUAUCCUAAAUUAUUUAAUAGAACUUUUUAUGCUUAACAAAAAUAAUAAGUCAUGUCAUAAUAUAACGUUUCCAAAACAUGUAAUUCAAAUAGUAAUUUAGUUUUUUUAUAGACAAUAAAUUGUGUAAAAAAAAUGUUUUCUAUUUAUUAAUAUUACACAUAAACAUAGCAAUUAUUACUUAACUUUUAUUUAUAUACAUAAUUUUACAAAAAUUAUAACUUCAUGUUUAGACUAUUUCAUGCCAAUUUUUGUCAUAUCAAUUUUGUGAUCUGGUUUUAUAAAGCGUUUCACUCUAGCUUUGUCUCGUUUCCUGUAAUAAUAAGAGGUAGAUAU